CAAACAGCUGUGCUUCUGUUAUAUCAGAGCUAACAACGUGGGCUUGCAAAUUGAUUAAAGAGAAUUGUUGAAUUAAAACCGGGCUUUUUUACAUCGCAGUUUUCGGCUAUGCAAAACUGCAGGCGCUGCGUCAGCCUGCUGGGCGUUGUCCGUCAGCCACACUGCAUGCGUCCAUGUUUUUUGAUAUCUCCAAAUUUGCGAAAUCUGCACCGGGCGGGCUUUCAAUUCUCCCGGAAAAAGCAGGAGACGAACGUAUCCGCGCUGUUUAAGCCGGUGCAAGUGCAGGCUAGUGCCGAGUGCGAGGACGUGGGAUCCGAGCUGGUGGGCAAACUGGAAAAGGCUGAGCUCCUAAAGAUCCUCAACAAGUUUACCCAACGCCGCGAAAUCAAGUCUCUAUGCACCGAAAACGGGCUAGACGCCUACUUACAGCAGCAGGCUUUCGGCUCAUUCCGGAGAUACUGUAUAGAGGCGGAGAACCUUCCUGUGGACCUGCACAUUACUUUUAGCGAUAUUACGCAGGGAGCGGGCCACAUCGAUGACAUUUUCCCAUACUUCCUGCGUCACGCAAAGACGGUGUUCCCGCACUUAGAUUGCAUGGACGACCUAAAGAAGAUAUCCGACCUAAGGCAGCCUGCGAACUGGUACAGCAACGCUCGCGCCAUUACCCGGAAAAUAGUGUUUCACGCGGGACCCACAAACUCCGGAAAGACUUACCACGCCAUGGAGAGGUAUCUAAGUGCGAAGUCCGGGGUUUACUGCGGACCCCUUAAGCUUUUAGCCACGGAGGUGUACAAUAAGGCUAAUGAGCGCGGCACACCCUGCGAUUUGGUGACGGGAGAGGAGCGGAAGUAUGGCAUCAGCGAAAGUUCGCCGGCCAACCAUGUUGCGUGCACUGUGGAAAUGACAUCGGUCAACACUCCAUAUGAGGUGGCUGUAAUCGACGAAAUACAGCAGAUCCGCGACCCUCAACGCGGAUGGGCUUGGACCCGGGCGUUCCUCGGCCUGAUCGCAGAUGAAGUACACGUUUGUGGGGAGCCAGGCGCAUUAGAUCUCUUGCAGAAGAUAUGCGAGACCACCAAUGAAACAGUUGAAGUGCGGCGCUACGAUCGGCUUACAGAGCUAACAGUCGAAAGCACUGCUUUGGGCUCAUUGGACAAUGUCGUGGCCGGCGAUUGCAUAGUCUGCUUCAGCAAACAUGAUAUAUAUACGGUUUCCCGCGAAAUAGAGGCACGAGGCAAGGAGGUUGCCGUUAUAUAUGGAGGUCUGCCUCCUGGUACAAAGCUCGCGCAAGCCGCGAAGUUUAAUGACCCCGCCAAUAGCUGCAAAGUAAUGGUAGCGACAGACGCCAUAGGCAUGGGCUUGAACCUAAGCAUUCGUCGAAUAAUAUUCUAUUCCUUGAUCAAGCCGACGAUGAAUGAGCGAGGAGAGCGCGAGAUCGACACGAUAUCGGUUUCAUCGGCCCUUCAGAUAGCGGGAAGAGCAGGCCGCUUCCGAACUCAGUGGGAGCACGGGUUUGUAACUACCUUUAAGUCGGAGGACUUGCAGACCCUCCAGCGCAUAUUAGAUCAAACCCCUGAGCCGUUGAAGCAGGCGGGGCUUCAUCCGACAGCCGAUCAGAUUGAACUUUACGCUUACCACUUGCCGAGCUCGACCUUGAGCAACCUAAUGGACAUAUUUGUAAAUCUGUGCACUGUUGACGAUUCCCUAUACUUUAUGUGCAACAUUGAAGACUUCAAGUUCUUGGCCGAAAUGAUACAACAUGUUCCGCUGCCUUUGCGGGCUCGUUACGUCUUUUGCUGCGCUCCCAUUAAUCGUAAAAUGCCAUUUGUUUGUUCCAUGUUCCUAAAAGUAGCUCGGCAAUAUAGCCGCAACGAGCACAUUACCUUUGAUUUCAUCAAAAAAAAUUGUGGUUGGCCGUUUAAGCUUCCAAAGACUAUCUUGGACUUGGUCCAUCUAGAGGCUGUAUUUGAUGUGAUGGAUCUGUAUCUUUGGCUAAGCUAUCGGUUUGUUGAUCUUUUUCCCGAGGCAGCCAACGUGCGGGAAGCACAGAAGGAACUGGAUGAGAUUAUACAGCAGGGCGUCUUUCAAAUAACUCGUUUGCUUAAAAACACCGAGGCUAGCCAGGACGGAGAGACUCACAGCUAUGUAAUGCGCCGAGCGACACACGUAACGAAGCCUCGUCUUCCGAGCACUUCGCGUGGACGCCUUACCGAAAGGUUGCUCGCGCAAGGCCUUUUGACCCCAGGCAUGCUUAGUGAGCUACGAAAGGAAUGGGGCGCUCAGCAAGGCGGCGAUUCAAGCACACUAACUAAGGAAAGCACGGAAUCAAAUGUGGAUAGUGACGAUGAAGACCAAUACUUAGGCAACGGCGGAAAAAUUAAGAAAAAACGUAGAAAAUAAACGUUUGCUAGGAUUAGCUUGCAAACUAAGAAGAAAAAGUUGUAUAGUUUUGGUUUUGAUAUAAUAUCGGUUUAUUUUAAAUGGCAAUUAAGUUAUACUAAAAUUAUUCUUUUGAUAAUCAACAAUGACAAUUUAAUUGUUUAAAUUGAGGAGUAGAAAUAGAUGUUAUGUUAUCCGUCUCAAAAAAGAGA